AGUGAUCACAUGUACCUAGCUAGGUCACUCUCAAGGGAAAAAGAAAAUGACUGGAGUGGGAAGAAAUAGGCUGCUGUUGAUGUUGCUAUCUCCUCCUCCUUGCUAUGCUUAUCACUGGUGGCGGUGGUGUUCUAGCUGCUCGUCCGUUCUCGGCAUGGACUCUCGAGACAGAACAUCAGGGCUUAACGAGACCAGAAGGAGGACCACCUGCCGCGGGGAGUUGGCCGACGGCGCUGAGGGAGCGGAGCGAGAAGAGGCGGCGGCUGGUGGGGUCGAGGGCUCCGACGUGCACGUACAACGAGUGCCGGGGUUGCCGGCACAGGUGCAGCGCUCGUGGAGUCCCCGUCGACGCCACCGAUCCGAUGAACAGCGCCUACCACUACAGAUGUUUCUGCCAUAUCUAGGUGACGGCUCGGCUAUUGUCUUCUUUGCUCGUUUUGACGACGGAAAUGGAGUGCUUCUGUGCUAGCUAGAUUCGCAUGGAUAUAUGGUUGUCUACUUGUCUUUCUCGAAUAAAUGGGGCGGAAGACCAGUUGCUAGUGUUUUUUUUUUCUUGCGGGGGAGUUGCUAGGUGUUGAUUGACCGAGAUGAACUAGCUAGGCCAUCUCUAGCUUAUCGAUCUGUGAUGUCGCAGGUCUAAGUAUUGAUUCUGAUCCCUUAUUCUGUAUAACGUUGCAUGAAGAGUGGAUUUAUUUGUGUGCCUUAA